AUCGCAGUCAACGAUGUAUAGAAAAACCCAUUCGUAAUCCUCAAUUCUCUCUCUCUCUCUCUCUCUAACCAUGGAGUUCUUAGACGAAGAGAGCAGGCCAAGAGUUCUCUUCCAAUCGCGUCCAUCUCCUUCUUCACAAUCCCAACCCCAAACCCUAGGCCUCCACAAGCCCUCACUCUUCAUUUCACUUUCUCUCUCUACUCUCCUCUUUGCUCUGUCUCUCCUCUACUUCCAAUCCGAGCCCCUCAAAUCUCUCCUCUUCUGGUCCGCUCUCUCUCUCCUCCUCGGCCCCUUCGCUCCCUCCUCCCUCACCGGCGGCGACAUUCGCGUCGGCGUUGGCCCAAUUCUCGAAACCCCAUCUCAGAACGAUGCCGAUGUUCACGACGAUUCGAAGAAAAGAAUGCCCAAUCGACGAUCAAAGCCUCGAAAAUUGGAAGAGCAAGGGUUUAAUUCGAAUCCAACUAUUGUCAAUGAGUUGGGAAAAUCGGAGAAGAAUGGAGAUCUAUUGAAAAAGCGUGAUGAGAAUUGUGGCAAUGGAUCGGUGAUUGUGGAGGAAGAGAGAGAUUGGAGCGAGGGAGAUGUUGAGUUGUUGAAAAAGCAAUUGGUGAAGCAUCCGGUGGGGAAGCCGAGGCGAUGGGAGGUGAUUGCGGAGGCGUUUCGGGGACGGCACGGGGUGGAGAGUGUGAUAAAGAAGGCUAAGUCUAUGGGGGAGAAGAAAAUGAGCGAUGCUGAUUCGUUUUCGCGGUUUUUGAAGGAUCGAAAGCCGGUGGAUAAGAGGGUUGAGGAUGGAAGUGAAGAGAUGGGUGGUGGGGUGGUGGAGAAUGGUGAAGUGAGGAGAGAGAGUGAUGAAAUGAAGAGAGAGAGUGGUGGGCUGAGUUGGAGUGCUGGGGAGGAUAUAGCAUUGCUUAAUGCCUUAAAAACCUUCCCGAAAGAAGUGUCCAUGAGGUGGGAGAAGAUUGCAGCAGCUGUACCAGGGAAAUCAAAGGCCCAGUGUAUGAAGAGGGUGGCUGAACUGAAAAAGGGUUUUAGGAGCUCCAAGGCUUCUUCUGAGGCUUAGUGAAGGAAUUUAUAAUUGUAAGGUUCAUGUGACAUGCAGUGGCAUUGAGGAGGUAAUUGUUGUUUCAAUGCCCGAUUACACAAUCUUUUUUGAACAUUUUACUUUUUCAAAUUAAUAUUGCUACACAUUUGUUUUGAUACUGGAUUUGAGUCCAUCAAUAGAGCUUUCUUGUCAUAGGGAGACACUUAUCUAUGUAAACUAGUGAUCAUUUUCAAGUUCUCUUGACAAUCUGUACGAAUAAAUUGAUUUCGCAUUUUAUGGAAAGUUGCAUUAUACUUUUGAUGAAAGGAAA